AUGUCGACCCUAUCUGGCCAGCAAGGCGCUGGCUCUAAAGAGAAUCCGCCGGGCCAAAGUUCGUUAGGUUCAAUCAGUAACAUCGUCCUUAACCGAUACCUGGGCAGCUCGAGCGUAGAUAGAGGAUAUCAGGGAAGCCAAAGUCAGACCUCCAAUCCUGAGAAGUCAUCAAGCGAAACAGUAAGAACAUCUGAUGCUCUAAGUGGACUCGGCUCCUCAGACGAAGGUGAAGGUACAAGGGGUACUACUGCGGGCGAGUUUGCUGGAGAAGGUCCAAGUGUGCAUACCGAGGCGCAGCGGUCACUUGCCGAAGGAGCAAGCCAUAGUUGA